AUACUACAUUUCUAGGCAGCGUUAUGACUUAGCAGAAAAAGAAACAAGAAAGAGAACAAGUGGUGUUCCAUCAAAAUCAAUCUUGACUUCAGAAUAUACAAAACAUGAGCAUAGGAACUAUAGGUUUCACUUCCUUGCUGUUGAUGCUUAUGCAAGACACAAGCAGCUUGUUAAUAACUACAUUCUAUAUUACCCUGGGGCAACUAAACUUUUUCAGCGAGAUACGUCAAAGGAUAAAACCGAUAUUAAUGUGAUCCAUGAAAAUCACCGCUUUCUGUGGAGUGAUACAGAUGAAGACGAUAAAAACUGGGCAAAAACGCUAGCAAAGAAGUACUGGGAUAAAUUGUUCAAGGAGUAUUGCAUUUCUGACUUAAGUUGCUACAAAGAGAAUAAGGUAAUGUUUUUAUUGUUCAUGUAAUGUAUAACAUUUGUUCUUAAGGAUGAUUUCUUAGUAAAUUUAUUUUGUAUCUAAUGAGCAGCUUUGAUAACUGUGUUUACAUGAAUUAUUGUAUAAAUCCACUAAAGAAAUGAUGUUCUAUUU